AUGUUUAAAGAAGGAUUUACUAAUCCUUCAGAUCGUUUCUCAUCAUGGGUAGCUGAUGAAGCUUGCUGCAAAUGGAGUGGAGUUGGAUGCCAGAACAGAACAGGCCAUCUCCUCACCCUUGAUCUCCAUAGUUAUAAUUCUUCUGAGGUAGUGCAAGGUCAGUUGAGGGAAUCCCUGCUUGGAUUGCCAUAUUUGAGGUAUAUAGACUUGAGUUUGAUUGAUUUCAAGCAAAUGCCAAUUCCUGAGUUCAUUGGUUCUCUUUCUAAAGUGAAGUAUCUCAAUUUAUCAAAUGCCAAUUUAAAAGGGACUGUCCCUGAUCAUCUUGGAAAUUUGUCUAGUUUACAGUCUCUUGACUUAAGUGGCAACAGCUUUUCUCUCAAGGCCAAUAAUCUAGACUGGCUUUCAUGUCUUUCUUCCCUGGAAGUCCUUGAUUUGGGUGGUGUAGAUCUUAGCAGUGCAGUUAAUUGGCUAGAUGCAAUGAAUAUUUCUCUACGUCCUUAUAAUAGCUUUAAUUCUCCCAUAUCCAAUUGGUUGGUUGAAAGUAGUCAUACUCUUCACUAUCUGAGUCUCACAAGAUGCCAAUUUCACGGUUCCAUUCCUGAUGCUUUUGUCAACUUUACAUUACUUGCUGUGCUUGAUUUCUCCUACAAUAAUCUCCAUGGUUCAAUUCCACAUAAUUUUGGGAACAUGACAUCUCUUGUUGUUCUUGAUCUCGCAUUCAAUAGUCUUGAAGGUUCAGUUGCAGCAAUUCUUGGUCUGAUUCAGGAACUGCAACACAUUAAACAUUCACCAUUGAGAGAACUCCAUCUGUCCUACAAUAAGUUGAAUGGUUCUUUAGAAAGAAUCCUUCCACAACUUUCAGAACUAGUUGUCUUGGAAGUGGCUUCAAAUUCCUUGCAAGGAUUGAUCACAGAGGUUCAUUUACGGAAAUUUAGUAGCUUGCGAGCACUUGACUUGUCUAAAACUGAGUUAAUUCUAAAUGCCGGUUCAAAUUGGAUUCCUUCUUUUCAACUUGAGACUCUAGGUUUGCAGUCGUGCCAUAUGGGUCCAAAAUUUCCCCAGUGGCUCCAAAACCAAAAGAAAGUUUUGAAAAUGGAUAUUUCUCGUGCAAGUAUUUCAGACACUACACCCAAUUGGUUUUGGGAUGUUUCUCUGUCGAUGAAGCACUUGAAUCUUGCUCACAAUAAACUCAGAGGGAGACUGCCAGAUUUAUCACCAACAGCAUCUCUGUUGACUCUGGAUUUGAGUUACAACCUGUUUAGUGGUACCUUGCCUCAUUUCCUCCUCAAAAUGGAGUCACCAGUACUAGCUGGGAAUGCAUUUUCCGGACCAAUUUCUCCCAUCUGUGAUCUGCUGAAUGUAAAUAAUGCCCUGCGUCGUCUUGACUUGUCUGAAAAUGCUCUAUCAGGAUCGCUUCCAAAUUGCCGGACUUUGUUUUACCUGAAUCUUCGGCACAAUGCGCUCUCCGGAACCAUCCCUGCAUGGCUGGGGGAAAGUUUAGAGAACCUGCAGAUUCUUUUGUUACGCGACAAUCUGUUUGAAGGAAAUAUACCACUGCAGCUUUGCGAGUUGAAAUACAUAGUUAUCUUAGACCUUUCUUUCAAUUCACUAUCAGGAAGAAUUCCAAGGUGCAUCAACAAUUUCCUGGUAAUUGCAGAGAAGGAGGCAGAUCGUUCUUCCCGUUAUUAUGAUUACGCUUCAUAUGCAAAAGAUGAGUUUCAGAAGCUGAUGUGGUUAGACUCACAAGGCAUCCCAGGAGAAGUGACUGAGCUAGUUGGAUUGGUAUAUUUGAAUCUAUCAAACAAUCAAUUGACAGGAGCCAUUCCUAGUGAUAUUGGUGCCAUUAGAUCAUUAGAAGCUUUGGAUUUAUCAAAGAAUCAGCUUUCGUGUGCCAUCCCAACUAGCAUGUCCAACUUAUCCUUUCUUGCACAUCAAAAGACAAUUAAGUUAGGAGGCAAUAACAAGAGCAUUGAAGAAGUUGAAAGGCAUGAAUUUGAAAUACCACCAUUCUAUAUCAGCAUGGGAAUUGGCUUCCUUGCAGGGUUUUGGGGAUUUUGUGGACCUUUACUACUGAAUGCAUCUUGGAUGCAUGCCUAUUUCCGCUUUGUGGGUAGCAUGAUUGAUCAGAUUUAUGUUGGGGUAGUGGUGCAGUGGCCAGACUACAGAGGAAGUUUCAGAGUUCACAACCACAAGGACCUAACUGAUGGAAGGACACAAGAAGUCAGAAAGCCAGUGAUUUCUCCAGAGAUAAGAGCCUAUAGUUUCCUUGUGAAAAUGGUUAUGGUAAAGGAUAACGUGACAGCAGAGUGCAUUUAA